AUGUCCCUUUCACCUAUUGAAAAAGCAGCUUCAGGAGCUUUAGCUUCGGCAAUUGCUAAUACCUUAGUUUAUCCAUUAGAUUUAUCCAAAACAUUGAUCCAAACUCAAGUCAAACCUAAAUCUGAAGCAAUGUCAAGAUCAGGCUCUAAGUCAGUUUCAAUGACUAGUGAAGACAGUGUUUUCCAACAAACUGAAGAUCAUGGAGAAUUAAAGUAUAAACAUACAAUUGAUGUAUUGAAGAAGAUUUAUGCUAAAAAAGGUGUUUUAGGAUGGUACCACGGAUUAUUUUCAUCUAUCAUUGGUACAGCAGCUCAAAACUUUUCUUACUUCUAUUGGUAUACCAUAGUUAAAAGAGUUUAUGCCAAAAUCAAUCGUCAUAUACCAAAUCACAAACCUUCAACAUUUAUGGAAUUAUUCCUUGGAGCUUUAGCAGCUGCAAUUUCACAAAUGUUCACCAUGCCAAUUGGGGUUAUAACUACACAACAACAAACUGAUAAACAUCACAAGAAUUUGUAUCAAUUAGCUAAAGAAGUUUACGCCAAAGAUGGUAUUACCGGUUUUUGGAGAGGUUUAAGAGUUUCAUUGGUAUUAUGUAUUAAUCCUUCAAUCACUUAUGGUUCUUAUGAAAGAUUAAAACAAAUAAUAUAUGCUAAUAAGACCCAUUUAGCUCCAUUAGAAAGUUUCUCAUUAGGAGUUAUUGCUAAAUCUUUAGCUACUGUCUCCACACAACCUUUAAUUGUUUCAAAAGCUAUGUUACAAAAGAAAGAACAUGGUGAUGAAGAUGUUAAAUUUGAUGGUUUCACUCAUGCAUUAGAACAUUUAUGGGAAACUGAAAAAUUCAGAGGUUUAUAUAAGGGAAUUGCUCCUCAAUUAGUUAAAGGAGUUUUCGUUCAAGGAUUAUUAUUUAUGUUUAAAGAUCAAUUAGAUGUUCUUUUUGUAUUCUUAUUAAGCUUAUUGAAAAAGAAGAAAUUGUAA